UGCUGCCCUCCUACACCCAUGUGUAUGAGAUCCAGAGAGACAAGCUGGCCAGUCAUAACAGAAGAAAGACACCAACUACUCACACCACCAAGACGCACAAGAAGGAUCAUCAACACGCUGUCUGUGGACAUCUGAUUGCUUCAUUGAUGAUUAAAAAGUUGCAGGUGUUAAACAAGAGAGAAGGGGGCUCAUCUCAACAACUGGACAUCUUACUGAAUGACUGCGGGAAGACUUGACUUAUAUUCACUGAGUACACAACUCUCAGUAACUCAAGAAAAGAAGAAAUCUGAUUUUCUGUUUUUUUGUUUAGACGUUGAGAGCGAGCUAACGUGUCUUCAGUGGUCAUGGCGUCAACAGGUCUUCAGCUACUGGGCUUGGUGUUUGCAGUGCUGGGUUGGGUGUGUGGGGCCUUGGUGUGUGCAGCCCCUCUCUGGCGUGUGUCCGCCUUUGUAGGUGGAGAGCUGGUGAUUGCCCAGGUGUUGUGGGAGGGACUGUGGAUGAACUGCUUGUCUCAGACCACAGGCCACAUCCAGUGCAAGACCUAUGACUCCACCCUGGCCCUGCCCACAUCUGCCCAAGCCGCCCGGGGCCUCAUUGUUCUCUCCCUGCUCCUCUGCCUUCUUGCCCUCAUACUCGGGGUGACAGGGGCCAAGUGUACUCACUGCAUGGGUGACGGCAACCAGGCCUCCAAGCCUCGUCUGGCCAGGAUAUCAGGCAUGCUCUUCGUUGUGGCUGGCCUGGCCUACUUGAUACCCAUCUGUUGGACUGCCUAUACAAUCAUCAGGGACUUCUAUGACCCGAACGUUGCAGCGCCUUUAAAGAGAGAGCUGGGACCAGCGCUGUACCUGGGCUGGGGGGCAUGUGUGAUGCUUGUGUUGGGGGGUGCUCUGCUGCAUGUCGGCUCCUCUCCACCAGGAGGAAGAACCCCGACUGUUUUCAGCGGAGCAGCAAAGGACAAGUCAAACACUGUGGCAGCAGGAGAGGUGAAGCAGCAGGAAAAAUCUUUUGUAUGAGAUAAUUUUUUUGGACAGCUGAGGCACACACAAGCACAGAGGUCACAACCUCAUCAAACACACAAUCUGUUAUCAGUUUCAUUAAGUUAAUGUGGAU